AUGAUGGUGAAUUAUAUGUAAGUCUAAAGAUGGGAAUCACAAAAGUAAUAUUUUUACUGGCUCUGUUUGGUUCAGGUUUUGUGCUCUGCGAAGACCAACCGUGUGCAUCUCGAGAUGGUGAUAACGCAGAGAGCUUUGUUUGUGUUUGUAAUUCAACAUACUGUGAUACAGUAUCACGGGAACCACCUGCCGUCGGAUCUUAUGUCAUCUACACUAGUAGUAAAUCGGGCAAAAGGUUAGAAAAAUCUAAUGGUAUCAUUGAAAGCUAUUCUAACUUAGCUCAAGGGCAAUCGGAAGAAUGUGAUAUUUCUGACUUGUAUAGUGAAAUGGCAUUUGGUGAGGAUGAAUCCUGCGCAGAAAGGUUUUGGAGCAGUGUCUCGCUAGACUUACAAACGGAUAACAGACAGCAGUAUGUCGAAGGCUUUGGAGGCUCUAUAACGGAUGCUGUGGCUUACAACUGGUACAAACUAUCAGAAGAAACUAGGUCACGACUUAUAAGCACAUAUUUUGGCGAGGAUGGCUUGGGUUACAACAUGAUCCGGAUACCUAUCGGCGGUUCAGACUUCUCAACUCGCCCUUACACCUACAACGACUAUCCUCUAGACGACGAAACUUUGUCAAACUUCACCUUAGCUGAAGAGGAUACCUCGAUGAAGAUCCCAAUGAUUAAGGCUAUUCAAGAAAUACGCAAAGAGGAACUUAAAAUAAUUGCAUCUACUUGGUGUCCCCCAGUAUGGAUGAAGAAUAAUGAAGGUUUCUAUGGCUACGGUCAGCUGAAACCUCAGUACUAUCAAAGUUAUGCUGAUUAUCACGUCAGGUUUAUAGAGGAAUAUGAAAAGCUGGAUAUAAAGAUAUGGGCCAUCACUACAACUAACCGCCCCACGGGUGGUAUUAUACCAGACAAAAACAUUAAUUCCUUAGGAUGGUUUCCGGCAGAUCUGGGCCGAUGGUUAGCAAUCAAUUUAGGUCCGACACUGCGCAGUUCCCGUUACAAUAAGACAUUGAUAUUUGCUGUAGACGAUGAACUACAUAUGCUGGACUGGUAUCUUCAUGGUAUGCAGAAAGCUGAUAAAUCUGUUAUGAAGUAUAUAGACGGAAUCGCGGUCCACUACUACAGCAGCUCAUCGUCACCGUCUCUUCUUCUGGACAGUAUCAAAAAGAAAUAUAAAAAAACCAUACUUGGAACGCAGGCGUGUGAAGGAUCUACUGGUUGGGAUUCUACUACAGUUAAAAUCGGCUCUUGGGAACGUGCUGCGCGCUACAUUCGUAGUAUCGUUGAUGACAUGAAUCACCACUCAGUCGGAUGGAUGGAUUUUAAUCUAUUUCUGGACAAAAAUGGUGGUCCCAAUUGGGCGGGAAAUUAUGUCGACGCACCAAUAUUAAUAUAUCCCGAUAAAGAUGAAUUUAUUAAACAGCCAAUGUUCUACGCUUUGGCACAUUUUACAAAAUUUAUACCAAAAGGUUCACAGAGGAUAACAAUUGUUACCAAAAGUAUUGUGGAGAUCACUAAUUUGUCAUUCGUUACACCUGAAGGAAAUAUCUUAAUUAUUCUUUAUAACUCCAACUCCAGAACCGUCAAUGUUCACGUGCGGUUAAGCAGUAAACGUUACAUAGAAGUCAUAAUUGAGAAAGAGACGAUCAAGACCAUCGAGAUUAAUCCAAAUGAAUCAAUUUUGUGUAAAGUGCAAUGUUAAAAAAUUAAUAAAACAUUUAUCUU